CGGGCUCCUCCCGGCCGGAAUGCCAGUGCCCCGCGCCCCGCGCGCCUGCUCCGGCGCCGCCUGUCCAGCAGCCUACCCGCGGCGCCUUUAUACCCUGCGGGCUGGGCGCUCACUAAUGUUUAACUCUGGGCCGAAACUUGCCAGCGGCGAGUGACUCCACCGCCCGGAGCAGUGGAGCAGGACGCGCCUCUCCGCCGCCGGCUGUGACUUCUGCCUGCGCUCCUUCACUGAACGCACACUUCCGAGGAGACGCCGACGAUGAAGACAGCGUGGAAGGUUCUCCUGGGACUGCUGGGUGCUGCUGCGCUUGUCACCAUCAUCACCGUGCCCGUGGUUCUGCUGAACAAAGGCACAGAUGAUGCUACAGCUGACAGUCGCAAAACUUACACUCUAACUGAUUACUUAAAAAAUACUUAUAGACUGAAGUUGUACUCCUUACGAUGGAUUUCAGAUCAUGAAUAUCUCUACAAACAAGAAAAUAAUAUCUUGGUAUUCAAUGCUGAAUAUGGAAACAGCUCGGUUUUCUUGGAGAACAGUACAUUUGAUGAGUUUGGACAUUCUAUAAAUGAUUAUUCAAUAUCUCCUGAUGGGCAGUUUAUUCUCUUAGAAUACAACUAUGUGAAGCAAUGGAGGCAUUCCUACACAGCUUCAUAUGACAUUUAUGAUUUAAAUAAAAGGCAGCUGAUUACAGAAGAGAGGAUUCCAAACAACACACAGUGGGUCACAUGGUCACCAGUGGGUCAUAAAUUGGCAUAUGUUUGGAACAAUGACAUUUAUGUUAAAAUUGAACCAAAUUUACCAAGUCACAGAAUCACAUCGACUGGGAAAGAAGAUAUGAUAUAUAAUGGAAUAACUGACUGGGUUUAUGAAGAGGAAGUCUUCAGUGCCUACUCUGCUCUGUGGUGGUCUCCAAACGGCACUUUUUUAGCAUAUGCCCAAUUUAACGACACAGAAGUCCCACUUAUUGAAUACUCCUUCUACUCUGAUGAGUCACUGCAGUACCCAAAGACUGUACAGGUUCCAUAUCCAAAGGCAGGAGCUGUGAAUCCAACUGUAAAGUUCUUUGUUGUAAAUACAGACUCUCUCAGCUCAGCCACCAAUGCAACUUCCAUACAAAUCACUGCGCCUGCUUCUAUGUUGAUAGGGGAUCACUACUUGUGUGAUGUGACAUGGGCAACACAAGAAAGAAUUUCUUUGCAGUGGCUCAGGAGGAUUCAGAACUAUUCGGUCAUGGAUAUUUGUGAUUAUGAUGAGUCCAGUGGAAGAUGGAACUGCUUAGUGGCACGGCAACACAUUGAAACGAGUACUACUGGCUGGGUUGGAAGAUUUAGGCCUUCGGAACCUCAUUUUACCUCUGAUGGUAAUAGCUUCUACAAGAUCAUUAGCAAUGAAGAAGGUUACAGACACAUUUGUUAUUUUCAAAUAAAUAAAAAAAACUGCACAUUUAUUACAAAAGGAGCCUGGGAAGUCAUCGGGAUAGAAGCUCUAACCAGCGAUUAUCUAUACUACAUUAGUAAUGAAUAUAAAGGAAUGCCAGGAGGAAGGAAUCUUUAUAAAAUCCAACUUAGUGACUAUACAAAAGUGACAUGCCUUAGUUGUGAGCUGAAUCCGGAAAGGUGUCAGUACUAUUCUGUGUCAUUCAGUAAAGAGGCGAAGUAUUAUCAGCUGAGAUGUUCCGGUCCUGGUCUGCCCCUCUAUACUCUACACAGCAGUGUGAAUGAUAAAGGGCCGAGAGUCCUGGAAGAUAAUUCAGCUUUGGAUAAAAUGCUGCAGAAUGUCCAGAUGCCCUCCAAAACACUGGACUUCAUUAUUUUGAAUGAAACAAAAUUUUGGUAUCAGAUGAUCUUGCCUCCCCAUUUUGAUAAAUCCAAGAAAUAUCCUCUACUAUUAGAUGUGUAUGCAGGCCCGUGUAGUCAAAAAGCAGACGCUGUCUUCAGACUCAACUGGGCCACUUACCUUGCAAGCACAGAAAACAUUAUAGUAGCUAGCUUUGAUGGCAGAGGAAGUGGUUACCAAGGAGAUAAGAUCAUGCAUGCAAUCAACAGAAGACUGGGAACAUUUGAAGUUGAAGAUCAAAUUGAAGCAGCCAGACAAUUUUCAAAAAUGGGAUUUGUGGACAACAAACGAAUUGCAAUUUGGGGCUGGUCAUAUGGAGGGUACGUAACCUCAAUGGUCCUGGGAUCGGGAAGCGGCGUGUUCAAGUGUGGAAUAGCCGUGGCGCCUGUAUCCCGGUGGGAGUACUAUGAUUCAGUGUACACAGAACGUUACAUGGGUCUCCCAACUCCAGAAGACAACCUUGACCAUUACAGGAAUUCAACAGUCAUGAGCAGAGCUGAAAAUUUUAAACAAGUUGAGUACCUCCUUAUUCAUGGAACAGCAGAUGAUAACGUUCACUUUCAGCAGUCAGCUCAGAUCUCCAAAGCCCUGGUCGAUGCUGGAGUGGAUUUCCAGGCAAUGUGGUAUACUGAUGAAGACCAUGGAAUCGCUAGCAGCACAGCACACCAACACAUAUACACCCACAUGAGCCACUUCAUAAAACAAUGUUUCUCUUUACCUUAGCACCUCAAAACACCAUGCCAUUUAAAGCUUAUUAAAAGUCAUUUUUGUUUUCAUUAUCUCAAAACUGCACUGUCAAGAUGAUGAUCUUAAAAAUAUACACUCAAAUCAAGAAACUUAAGGUUACCUUUGUUCCCAAAUUUCAUACCUAUCAUCUUAAGUAGGGACUUCUGUCUUCACAACAGAUUAUUACCUUACAGAAGUUUGAAUUAUCCGGUCGAGUUUUAUUGUUUAAAAUCAUUUCCGCAUCAGCUGCUGAAACAACAAAUAGGAAUUGUUUUUAUGGAAGCUUUGCAUAGAUUCCCUGAGCAGGAUUUUAAUCUUUUUCUAACUGGACUGGUUCAAAUGUUGUUCUCUUCUUUAAAAGGAUGGCAAGAUGUGGGCAGUGAUGUCACUAGGGCAGGGACAGGAUAAGAGGGAUUAGGGAGAGAAGAUAGCAGGGCAUGGCUGGGAACCCAAGUCCAAGCAUACCAACACGAGCAGGCUACUGUCAGCUCCCCUCGGAGAAGAUCUGUUCACAGCCAGACUGGCACAGUUUUCUGAGAAAGACUAUUCAAACAGUCUCAGGAAAUCAAAUAUGCAAAGCACUGACUUCUAAGUAAAACCACAGCAGUUGAAAAGACUCCAAAGAAAUGUAAGGGAAACUGCCAGCAAUGCAGGCCCCCAGGUGCCAGUUAUGGCUAUAGGUGCUACAAAAACACAGCAAGGGUGAUGGGAAAGCAUUGUAAAUGUGCUUUAAAAAAAAACAUACUGAUGUUCCUAGUGAAAGAGGCAGCUUGAAACUGAGAUGUGAACACAUCAGCUUGCCCUGUUAAAAGAUGAAAAUAUUUGUAUUGCAAAUCUUAACUUGAAGGAGUCCUUGCCUCAAUUUUUCUUAUUUCAUUUCUUUGAGUGUCUUCAUUAAAAGAAUACUUUAACUUCCUUGGACUCAUUUUAAAAAAUGGAACAUAAAAUAGAAUGUUAUGUAUUAUUAUUCCCAUUCUACAUACUAUGGAAUUUCUCCUGGUCAUUUAAUAAAUGUGCCUUCAUUUUUUCAGAAG